GCUUAUUAGCAACAAUGACAGUAAUGGUCAGCUUUGAUCUUCUAAAUUGUUUCAUCUUUACCCUCAUAUUCCUCAUCUCAACUCUCUUUCUCUUUGUUUUAUUCUAUAAGAAACCAAACGAUGGAUUUGAUGUACCUCCAAGCCCUCCUUCUCUUCCCAUCAUUGGUCAUCUUCAUCUUCUCCUCUUUGCUUCAAUCCACAAGUGUUUUCAAAAAAUCUCAUCCAAAUACGGACCUUUUCUCCAUCUUCGCAUUUUCCAUGUCCCCAUUGUUCUUGUAUCCUCUGCCUCAACGGCUUACGAUAUCUUCAAGACAAACGACAUUAAUGUCUCUUAUCGUGGUGAUGUUGCAAUCGAUGAAUGCAUUGUGUUUGGUUCUUUUGGAUAUUUCCGAGCUCCAUGUGAAGAUUACUGGAAAUUCAUGAGAAAGCUCAUCAUGGCCAGGGCACUCGGACCCCAAGCGCUAGAGCGGACACGUGGUGUUCGUGCAGCUGAGCUAGAGAGGUUUCAUAGAAAAUUACUCGAUAAGGCUAUGAAAAAACAAAGCCUUAAGAUCGGUGAAGAAGCAAGGAUACUCGUUAACAACACCCUCGGAAAAAUGAGCCUAGGAAGUAGUUUUUCAAUAGAGAACAAUGAUGGGACAAAAGUUUCAGAAUAUUCUAUCAAGUUAGCUGAUUUGUCUCAAAUGUUUUGUGUGGCACAAAUAUUUCAUAAGCCGCUUGAGAAGCUAGGGAUCUCUCUUUUAAAGAAGCAGAUUAUGGAUGUUUCACACAAAUUUGAGGAGUUGCUAGAAAAUAUUGUUGUGAAGUACGAGGAAAAAAUGGACAACCAUCAAAGUACUGAAUUCAUGGAUGCAUUAUUGGCAGCUUAUCAAGACGAAAACGCAGAGUAUAAGAUCACUAGAAACCAUAUCAAGGCACUACUAGCGGAGCUUUUCUUUGGAGCCGGUGAAUCAUCUUCUUCAACAACAAGGUGGGCAAUGGGAGAAAUUUUCAACAAUCCUAGGAUCUUUGAGAAACUAAGAACAGAAAUCGAUUCAGUGGUGGGGACAACAAGGUUGAUUCAAGAAAGUGAUCUACCAAAACUUCCUUACUUGCAAGCAGUCGUGAAAGAAUCUCUAAGAUUACACCCGGUGGGAGCGGUCUUGCCAAGAGAAUUUACGCAAGAUUGUAACAUUGGAGGGUUCUAUAUACAUGAGGGAACAUCACUUGUCGUUAAUGCUUAUGCUGUGAUGAGAGAUCCUGAUAUUUGGGAAGAUCCUAAUGAGUUUAAGCCGGAAAGGUUUCUAGAUGCCUCAAGAUUAGGGCAAGAGGAGGAGAAAAAGGAGAAAACACUAAAGUUCCUCCCAUUUGGCGCUGGAAGGAGAGGAUGUCCUGGAUUAUAUCUUGGUUAUACCUUAGUAGAAACCACAAUUGGAGUGAUGGUGCAAUGCUUUGACUGGGAAAUCGAAGGAGAUAAAGUCAACAUGCAAGAAGGUUCCGGAUUAAGAUUUUUCUUGGAUUUGGCUCAUCCCCUUAAGUGCACUCCUAUUCCUCGAAUCAUAAAUCAUGAACCUUCUAAUACGCAGAUUCCAAAUUCGUGAGUUCAAGACUUCACUUAAUUUACAAAUAUAUAACUGUGAAGGUUCAAGGAUCGUUAUUACACCCCUAUGGUAUAUACAUUAUUUUUGCAUUCGUUGAUGUUGUUGAAUGCACUUUCCCUAAACUGUUGUAUUUCAUUAUGUUCAUAUUAUUGUUAAGUUAUUUAUGUAAAUCGCAUAGAUAUUUGGGUGAAUUGGUGUACUAUCAUAUAUAGUAAAUUUACUUAAAUAGAAUACAUCAUCAAAGACUACGAGUCGACACUCGACACCGAACGGAUUGUUGUUAUACUUGUUUUCUCAUUUGAUUUUUGUGAACGGUUGUUACAUU